AUGGUGAGUAACCAUCAUCCUAAAAGAAGAGAAUUGGUGUUAUUUGUGAGAAAAGCGAAGAAUAAGAAUAGACGCUUGAAGGAGGAACCGAAUUGGCACAUAAGGAACCUACUAAAGGAACUGAGUGAGGAGAAGUCAGAUGGGUUACCAGUUGUAACAAAAGAGGAUGUUGAAAAAGCAAUGAAGGAGAAGUGGAAAUUUGAAAGAGACCAGGAAAAAAAACUUGAAAGUAUGCGCAUACAAAUAAGUGAUGCUGAGAAACUGUUUCUUGAGAAACUCAGUGAAAAGGAAUAUUGGGAAGAGUACAAGAAUGUAGGGAGUGAACAACAUGCCAAACUCAUUACUUCCUUACAAAAUGACAUCAAUAUAGUUAAAGAGAAUGCAGAGAAAAUGUCAGAACAUUAUAAAGUCACUCUUGAAGAUGCUAGAAAGAGAAUAAUUAAAGAAACUUUGUUGCAACUGGACCAAAAGAAGGAAUGGGCCACACAGAAUGCUGUAAAGUUUAUUGACAGAGGCAGUUAUCGUGAGAUCUGGGAGAAUGACUGGUUGAAAAAAGAGAUUGCAGUUCACAGAAAAGAAGUUGAAGAAUUAGAAAGUAAUAUACAUGAAUUGGAAGAAGAAAAUUUGGUGCUUAUUGAUCAACUAUUCAACUGUAGACUUGUGGAUCUCAAAAUACCCAGGCGACUAUAUCUUACUCAAGCCACUGGGCAGGAAGUGCCACCUGAAGAAAUGCCUUUCGAAUUGCCAGAAAUAUAUAAAGAAGAGUCAUGGAAGUUACAACUUGCAGAAAAAGAAAGUAGAGAAAUGUUGAGCUCAUCAGUUGAGAGCAGUGCCUUCCAUCUCAGCCAGGAAGAUAGCACCACAAAUGUCCGGAAUCUGAAAAUCAGUGAAGAGGACAGCUCAGGCACAGAGUAUGGGGGCUCGUCUGUGAAAUAUUUACUAUAUGAAGAUGAACGGGAUUUCAAGGAUUAUACAAACCUGGGCCCCUUGGCAGUGAAACUUAUGUGUGUGCAGAGCAAGAAAAUGCCCAUUCAUUUUCAAGAAAAGGAAAUGCCAGUCAAAUUCUAUGAAGAUACCAGUAGCCCAGAAAACCACAUCAUAUAUAAAAUGAUGAAGUCUUUUCUCUAAGAUUGAAAGCUACAAAGUAAAGACAACUUUUCCUUUGGGAAUUGAAGU